AUGAAGAUUAUUUCCCCUAUUCUAACUAAUCCAGUCUUCAGAUGCACCAUUAGACUCCUUCUUUGCUUACUGUGGAUUGGAUAUUCUCAAGGAACCACACAUGUAUUAAGAUUUGGAGGCAUUUUUGAGUGUGUGGAAUCUGGUCCAAUGGGAGCAGAAGAAUUAGCCUUCAGAUUCGCUGUGAACACAAUCAACAGAAACAGAACUCUUCUGCCAAACACCACAUUAACGUACGAUACCCAAAAGAUAAACCUUUAUGACAGUUUUGAAGCAUCCAAAAAAGCCUGCGAUCAGCUGUCCCUCGGGGUGGCUGCCAUCUUCGGACCAUCCCACAGCUCCUCAGCCAACGCUGUGCAGUCCAUCUGCAACGCUUUGGGUGUUCCACAUAUCCAGACCCGCUGGAAACAUCAGGUGUCAGACAACAAGGACUCCUUCUAUGUCAGCCUCUAUCCGGAUUUCUCUUCACUCAGCCGUGCCAUCCUUGACCUUGUGCAGUUCUUCAAGUGGAAAACAGUUACAGUUGUUUAUGAUGACAGCACUGGCCUUAUUCGAUUACAAGAGCUCAUCAAGGCUCCAUCACGAUACAACCUGAGACUAAAAAUCCGUCAGUUGCCGGCUGACACUAAAGAUGCAAAGCCAUUGCUAAAGGAGAUGAAAAGAGGCAAAGAAUUCCAUGUAAUCUUUGACUGCAGCCAUGAAAUGGCAGCAGGCAUCUUGAAACAGGCUUUGGCUAUGGGAAUGAUGACAGAAUACUAUCACUAUAUCUUUACCACUCUGGACCUGUUUGCCUUGGAUGUGGAACCCUAUCGCUACAGUGGUGUUAAUAUGACUGGAUUCCGGAUUCUAAACACGGAAAAUACCCAGGUGUCAUCCAUCAUUGAAAAGUGGUCUAUGGAGCGAUUGCAAGCACCUCCUAAGCCUGACUCAGGUUUGCUGGAUGGAUUUAUGACGACGGACGCGGCGCUGAUGUACGACGCGGUUCACGUGGUGUCGGUGGCUGUCCAGCAGUUCCCACAGAUGACUGUCAGUUCCCUACAGUGUAAUCGCCACAAGCCCUGGCGCUUUGGGACCCGCUUUAUGAGUCUCAUUAAGGAGGCCCACUGGGAAGGCCUCACGGGCAGGAUAACUUUCAACAAAACCAAUGGCUUAAGGACAGAUUUUGAUUUAGAUGUCAUCAGCCUCAAGGAAGAAGGUCUUGAAAAGGUUGGAACUUGGGAUCCAUUGAGUGGCCUUAACAUGACAGAGAAUCAGAAAGGAAAACCAGCAAACAUCUCAGAUUCCCUGUCCAAUCGCUCUUUAAUUGUUACCACCAUCUUGGAAGAGCCAUAUGUUAUGUUCAAGAAGUCUGACAAACCCUUGUAUGGAAAUGAUCGAUUUGAAGGUUAUUGCAUUGACCUCCUCAGGGAGCUGUCUACUAUCCUUGGAUUUUCCUAUGAGAUUAGACUGGUGGAGGAUGGAAAAUACGGAGCCCAGGAAGAUGCCAGUGGACAGUGGAACGGAAUGGUUCGUGAACUAAUUGAUCAUAAAGCUGACCUUGCAGUUGCACCAUUGGCAAUUACCUAUGUGCGAGAGAAGGUCAUCGACUUUUCCAAGCCCUUUAUGACUCUUGGAAUAAGUAUUUUGUACCGCAAGCCCAAUGGUACAAACCCGGGCGUCUUCUCCUUCCUGAAUCCUCUCUCCCCUGAUAUCUGGAUGUAUAUUCUGCUGGCUUACUUGGGUGUCAGUUGUGUGCUCUUUGUCAUAGCCAGGUUUAGUCCCUAUGAGUGGUAUAAUCCACACCCUUGCAACCCCGACUCAGACGUGGUGGAAAACAAUUUUACCUUGCUAAAUAGUUUCUGGUUUGGAGUUGGAGCUCUCAUGCAGCAAGGUUCUGAGCUCAUGCCCAAAGCCCUCUCCACCAGGAUAGUGGGAGGCAUUUGGUGGUUUUUCACACUUAUCAUCAUUUCCUCGUACACUGCUAACCUAGCCGCCUUUCUGACAGUGGAACGGAUGGAAUCCCCUAUCGAUUCCGCUGAUGAUUUGGCCAAGCAGACAAAGAUAGAGUAUGGAGCAGUUGAAGAUGGAGCAACCAUGACUUUCUUCAAGAAAUCCAAAAUCUCCACCUAUGACAAGAUGUGGGCCUUCAUGAGCAGCAGGAGGCAGUCAGUCCUGGUCAAAAGUAAUGAAGAAGGUAUCCAGCGUGUGCUUACCUCUGAUUAUGCCUUUUUAAUGGAGUCGACCACCAUUGAGUUUGUCACACAGAGGAACUGUAACCUAACACAGAUUGGAGGCCUGAUAGACUCGAAAGGUUACGGCGUUGGAACUCCCAUGGGCUCUCCAUACAGAGACAAGAUCACUAUAGCAAUUCUUCAGCUGCAAGAGGAGGGCAAGCUCCACAUGAUGAAAGAGAAAUGGUGGCGAGGCAAUGGCUGCCCAGAGGAGGAAAGUAAAGAGGCCAGUGCUUUAGGAGUCCAAAACAUUGGAGGAAUCUUCAUCGUGCUGGCAGCAGGAUUGGUGCUUUCUGUCUUUGUGGCAGUGGGGGAGUUUUUGUACAAAUCAAAAAAAAAUGCCCAGUUGGAAAAGAGGUCCUUCUGUAGUGCCAUGGUAGAGGAGCUAAGGAUGUCUCUGAAGUGUCAGCGUCGAUUAAAACAUAAGCCACAGGCCCCUGUUAUUGUGAAAACGGAAGAAGUUAUCAACAUGCACACGUUUAACGACAGGAGGUUGCCGGGUAAAGAAACCAUGGCAUAG